GGCUGGGCUGGGCUGGGACCGGCAGUCUUUGUUCCUGCAGGGAUAAACGCCGGUUGUAAACCAGGAAACGAGGUGGGUCUUCAGUCUUCCCCAUCCCUCCUCCCCUCCUCUCCCCUUUGCCUGGUUCCCUCCCCCUCUGCCUCUCAUUCUGUAUCUCUCCGGCACGCCUGUCACUGCUGCCUCCCGAGUCGGCUCGGGGAUGCUGCUGUCCGCUAGCCUGGUAUGGGCCACUGCUGCUGUAGGCUCCAUUUCCUCCCUGUGUGCUAUCUGGACCAAACGAGCGAGAGUGCCGUUGUGAAGGAGAGGGAACUGUCCCUGGAGCUCGCCAGAAUCAGGGAUGAAGUGGCUUUCAGUGUUGCACACUGGGAGCAACUGCAGCAGGAGAAGGUGGAACUGGAGCGUCGUUUCGAGGCCGAGCUGCAGGGAUUGCGGGCUCAGCAGCAGCGGGAGCUGGGAGGGCUUGAGGAGCGGCUGAAGGCGCAGCACACGGCCGAGGCCGAGAGCCUUCAGGCCCAGCACCGAGACGAGCUGGAGGAGCUUCGGCUCCAACUGGAAGAGCAGAUUGAGGAGAUGAGUGAGAACCAUGAGGCUUCCUUGAUGGAGAUGGAGACAGCUCACGAUAACACUCUGGCCACUCUGCAGGACGAGCAUGCCAGGACCGUGAAGAAUCUCAAGAUGGCCCACGAGCAGCAGACCAGGUCUCUGGGAGAAGAGUUUGAGAAGAUCAGACUGUCACUGCAGGAUCAGGUGGACACGCUGACGUUUCAGAAUCGUAGCCUCAGAGAUCGAGCCAAGCGCUUUGAAGAAGCUCUGCGCAAGAGCACAGAUGAGCAAAUUGUGGAUGCCUUGGCACCAUACAAACACAUUGACGAGGACCUAAAAAGUCUGAAAGACGUUCUGGAGAUGAAGAAUCAACAAAUUCACCAACAGGAGCUGAAGAUCUCUGAACUGGAGAAAAUACAGGCUGAAAAGAAUGUGUACCUGGAGGAGAGAGUACAGGUGUUGCAGCAGCAGAACGAGGACCUGAAGGAGAGAAUAGACAAGAACCUUGCUAUAUCCAGGCAACUCUCAGAAGACAACGCCAGCCUGCAAGUGCACGUGGAAAAGGAAAGCAACGAGAAGAAGCGGCUGAGUCGCAAUAAUGAGGAACUGCUGUGGCGUCUUCAGACGGGCGAGCUGAGUCCUCGUAUGUCCCCCAGCGCCUCGCCCAUCCACCGGCCCCUCUCUGGACCAGGCUCUCCGGCCCGCCCGCACUCCUACCAUCAAUGAAACUCUCAAUGGGAGCUCUUGUAUCAAAGGCUUCCUUUUAUCUAGCAUCCAAAGCUCUGAUCUUUUUUAAAAAACUCCUUGCAGAAUGUUACUUGGAUUUAACACCAUGUAGAUGGACAAAAACAUUUUCCGGUCAUGUGCCGCUCACCAAUGCCAGGCAUUUUCAAUGUCGACCCCUCUGACCUAAGGAAUUGUAUUAAUAAUUAUGCCUCGUAUGUUCAUAAGGGAUUUUUCUCCCCCUUUACUUUCUCUGUCCCACUGGCGACCCCCCCUCCCC